AUGAAGUCGUUUAUUAUUAUUGCAGCUUUAAUCGUUUAUGUAGCAGCCAGUCAUGGACAUCAUACUCCAGAAAAUGUUGAGAGAAUGAAGAAAAUUGCUACAGAAUGUGAGGAAACCACCCAUGUGGACCACGAAAAAAUAGUUCAACUCAGAUUAAAACAUUUUGACGAUACCGAUGAACACCUAAAAGACUACAUGCAUUGUUGUUUCAAAAAAAUGACGUGGAUGGACAAUGAUGGUCACCUAAAGAAAGAUGAAAUUAAAACUCAUUUGAAAGAGAUUAUGACCGAUAUUGGACCUAUGAAGGAGUGUAUGAAUAAACAUGGUAGUACCCACGCUGCUACAGCUUAUGCAGUUUACAAAUGUUUAUUAGAACACAUGCCACACGAUGUUAAAUAUCCAUUGUAA